AAACAGUACCCCAGGAAUAUUUUCAGCAUUUUCAUAAAUAUGUUCCAACAUAUAAUAUGCAUUUUGGUGCAUUAUCACGCGAAUCAACCAUAUGGGACUGAGUUACAACGGGAACAAUUCUGAUUAAGUAAAACGGACCGCCAACGCCGGACAUGUUCGACGUGGUCAAAGGUGGCGGCGACGGCAGAGGCAGCGACAGCGGUAGUGGCGGCAGCGACGGUGGCGGUCACAUGGACGUCAAAGUGGUGUACGCCAACCCGAACGGGACGCUGUCCAUACUGCCCGACGCGGCGGCCGGCGCGUCGCCGUUGCGUCCGUCGUCCGUGUCGUUGGCCGCGGCGUACCUGACUCUGUCGUCUGCGGCCAUCGCGUCCAACGUUAUGGUGCUGUCGGGCAUCGUCACCGCGGACAGGCUGCGGUCGCCGUACGCGGUGCUCGUGUCCGCGUUGUGCAUGCAGUGCGCCAUAGACGCCACGGUAGGCCACUGCGCCACCACCAGAGAGCUGUUGGCCGGCGGCAGUGGCGGAGGGGCCACCAUGUGCCGCGGCGUGGCCACCGUAACGGCCGCCCUGUCAGCCGUCGAGCUGGUCACGUUCGCCGCGCUCGCGUGUCUCAACACGUUCGUCCGGUCCGACUACGCCGAUCUGCCGCUGCCUGCCGCCGCCACCCUGUGGGCCGCCCCUUCCAUGUACACGUACGUCAUACUCACUCCCACGCUGCUGUUCACCACGCGAUAUUUUCCGUCCAGGGGCCGUUGCGGUUUCAUUGCAAAUACAACUGGAUGGUUUUACCCAUCUUUAUUGAUUGUUUUCAGUUUUAUGAUACCUUGGUCGAUUUCGUUUUAUUUUGUAUUUGUAUCCCGUCCUUCAACAACCACUGAAUCGGCAGAUGUUAUAGUGACACCCAUCCAAACAAAAAGCCAAAUCAACCUUGUACCAUCCAAAUUAAUUUUUGCAUCUUAUACAAUUCUUGUAACACCAAGUCUUAUUUCGUCUUAUGUUUAUCUUUAUAACAAUCCGGAUGUCAAUCCUUGGGCUGAAAACGAAGCACCAGAAGAUAUCUUAGAUGGUUACUUAUCAAAAUUGCCAAUUCUGUUUGACGUAUUUGUCCCGUUGGUGCUUAUAUACUAUCAUAAAGUGUUCAGAAAAAAAUGUAGGGAAUUAUACUUACAUGGGUUUCGAAAUUCCGUCUCAGACGACCGUCAAAUCUCAAUUGAAAGACUGAGACGUUCUAAAAAGAACGAACGUUUGGCAGAUGAUGCACCUGUAUUAUUUCUCGAACAGUCGGGCAUGAUAAGCGUUAGAUUUCCGAGUGAAGACGGCUUUAUAAUUAAGGUAUGCGAUUUAAGUCAAAAAGAGGACAAUUCAAAUGGAAAAAAAGAAGUCCGUUUUUCGAAAAGAGUUAGUAAAGCUCCCUGUGUAAGCUAUAGUACAAGAGAACCAAGGGACGAAGAAUCGAGCCUUUGAAAGGAAUAUUUAAAUAUUUAAAAAGUUAAGAAUAACGUAAGACCUUGCUAGUCCGACACGGACGUAUAUCGAUUCCGCCGAUGUUAUAUAUUGACUCCGCCGACUUUACUGUUUAUAAUAUCUACAUAUUGAUUAUACCAGCUAUUAAUUAAUAAUUAACAUUAAAGCACUAUUUUAGCUAUUUCGUUGAAUAAAUGUUUUUACAACCAACAUUUUUCUAAAAACUUGAUUAACAAAUUGGUUACUUUGAAAUUUUCAAAAAAAAUUUAAAUUUUACUCUAUUUUCACUAAUAAAAAAAUAAAAAAUAAAAAUAUUAUAUGUAGCGCACGAGUCAAUAAACUGUAUUUCACUCCGUACAUAUAUAUUACUACAAUAUAUUAUGCUACGCAUAUGACUUUAACUGAAAUCUUAUCUUUGAUAUACAAUAUCUUAACAUCUAUAAGACUAUAAUAAUAUAUUUAUAUUAGCUCAGCCGGCUUGUUAAAAUGUGAACUUCCCUUUUCACUUCUCAUCUAGUUACUAAUCAAUAUCAAUCUAGUUAACGAAAUUGCUCUAUGUGUAUAAAGUGUCGUACAUUCACACACUCGUAUUACUAUCUUAAUUAAAAUUUGUUACUUUUUAAUUAAAAUGAAAUCUUCUAUAAUUUCAACUGAACAAAAAAAAAGGUCUAAUUUUGUAUAAUAGUUUUAAAUAUUAUAAAAAAAUGUAAGUGAAGUAUUUAGACGUUUUUAAAUGGCAGUGUAUACAUAAAAAAUGUACUGCAAAAAUGUUAAAUUAUGUACAUAUAUUAAACAUUAAAGAACAUUUUGAAAGUUUCUGUAUACCUAUACAAUAUCAACCAUCACGAAAAAACUGCAUUAAGUUUAUCAAAAAAUCAUUUUCUAAUGAACUGAAAUCGGAAGACGAAUUGGAAAGAUCUUCAAAAGUCAUCAAUGGAGACAUUUCAACUAAUCCAGAACUUACACAAAUGUUUUACAAUAUAUUCAUUAUACUCACAUACACAUAUCAAUUAGAUUAUACAAUUAAUAACCGAUAUAAACAUGUUAUUAACAUUAGCUGGAGGGAUCAAUAUAAACCCUUUUCCUGAGCAGGUAGUUUGGCGGAAUCAAUAAAUCCCCCAACUUACAUAGGAUCAGGAGUUGUCGGAUUAUUGAAGAUUUAAAAAAAAAAUUAACACACCUAUUAUUAGUGUAAAAAUGUUUGUUUAUAUUUUUAAUUUAUUUGUAAAUAAAUCUGUUUAUUUAACAACAAAUUAAGAACUGACGAGUGACUAGAGAAUUAAA